AUGGCGGAGGAGCGCGUGCAGGCUCUAGAGCAGCAGAUGAUAGCGCUGGCCCAGGAGCUGCAGAACCGCCAGCAGAGGGAGAACGAUCUCACGGCCGAGGUGCAGCGGCUCGGCCGCGUGGCCGAGGCUAGACCACGGGUGGACGGGCCUGUGCCACAGCCUCGAGCCGAGUCGCUCGUGGACACCCGCACGCUGGGCAAGCCAGACGUGUUCACGGGCGAAGAGCACAAGUGGAACGAUUGGAAGGUGAUCUUCAAGGCGUACUGUGGCGUCGUGAACGCCGACUUGCUGGCAGGGAUGCGACUGGCAGAGAGCGCUGACGAGGCCUCAGUUCAGAACGAUGACUUCCUCGAGGAGAACAUGAGGCAGACCUCGCAGCAGCUGUAUUACAUCUUGCUCCUCCUCUGCCGGCAGCAUCCCCUGACGACGAUCGCGAAUGCUGGCGAGAAUGAGGGCUUCCAGGCUCGGCGCAAGCUGGUUGAAUACUACGAACCGAAUGCGAGGUCCCGCAUCGCGGGGCAGCGGCUGAAUCUCCUGAACUUCUCGUUCGCUGGCGAUGUCGAGGACCGGCUGGCGCUGUUCGAGCGAGAGCUCCUCAGGGACGAGCAGAGGAGCGGCGAGGCCAUCACAGCCUCCAUGAGGAUCGGCAUCGUCCUUCGGCAGCUCGAGGAAGGCCCUCUACGCCAGCACCUCUUGCUCAAUGCGACCAGGCUGGUGGAGCGGCAGGACUUCCGACGUGAGGUCACCGACGCCCGCCGUGCCCAGAGCGCCAUCGCCCCGGUGCCCGUGCCCAUGGACCUGAGCGCGUUCACCAAGGGCGACGGCAAGGGCAGGUUCAAGGGCGACGGCAAGGGCAAGAGCAAGUCCAGUGGCAAGGGCAAGAGCAAGGGCGACAGCAAGGGCAAGUCCAAGUCCGACGGCAAGAGCAAGACCAGCAGCAAGUCGCAUGGUCAGCAGCUCGGGCCACUCUGCUGGGGCUGCGGCGGUCGCGGCCGCACUCAGCGUGAAUGCCCGAGCAAGCACAGGGGAACGUUGGCGAGCAUGGAGCAGACGCUGGCUCGCAUCAACGCCUCCCAGUCGACGAGUACGACCGUACCAUCGGCGGCCAGCUCUAUCUCGACGGCUGCGACUACGAGGCUGAGUCCGGCGACGGCGAUGUCCGGCACGAGCUCUCGACAGGUCGCGGCACUCUACCUGAACGACGCGGACGAGCAGGUCAGCUACCCGUUCGCGAACCUCCACUCCCUCAGCAUCUACGACCCGGGGCCGGACAAGGCGGACGUGGUCGACUCUGCGACCGGCGCGGCCCUGGACCUGAACAUGAUCCACGGCAACUCGGAUGCGGAGGAGGUCGAGCUCAACGGCAUCUUGCGUGUGGGCAUCGACUCGUGUGCGGCGGCAUCGGCGCUGCCGCGUGGCUCGGGCGCGGACUACCCGGUGCACGAGGGCGGCCAGGCGAUCUCGUGCAAGACCGCCUCUGGCCACUACGUGAACGACGAAGGCGAGAAGAUCCUCGCGGGGGCGAUGCCUGGGGCUUCUCAGGCACGCGCUGCCAAGUUCAGGGUGGCGGACAUCAGCAAGCCGUUGCUGAGCGUCGCGGAGAUGGUCGACUCUGGCCAUCGGCUCGUCUUCGACUCGGAGGGCGGGCAGGACGUUAGCUACGCGUACCACAAGACCAGCGGAGACGUUGUCAGGUUCUGCCGCAGGAAUAAGGUCUACGAGAUGGAUAUGCACGUCGACCCGUACGUGCCGGAGGUCUGCCCGGUCGAGGUGGCAGGCCACGAGCUUCCCGAGGGCGAAGCCGGCCAGCCAGGCGCGGCUCACGAGGAGGUGCUGCACGAGCCCUACAGGGCACGGUGCCGGGAGUGCGUCUCCGGCAGAGGCCUGUCAACAGGCCAUCAGACGAAGGACCACCAGGAGUCGGCGCUCGCGGUGGUUGGCAUCGACUACGGCUACCUCGGUGAACGAGAGGACGCCACGCCGCUGCUGAUCGGGAGGCUGGCAUCGGCUGGCCACAAGCGCUUCGUCUUCCGCUUAGACGGCGAGGCGCCGCUCGUCGCCCUGAAGACCCGCAUCGGGGCCAAGCUCAAGGAGGAGUACGGCAUCGAGACGGUGCCCGAGGAGAGCGCGGUCGGCGACUCUCAGGGCAACGGCCUGGCCGAGCACGCGGUGCGCGAGAUCAAGGCCAAGGCGAGGACGGUGCGGGCGCAGGUGGACGACCUCCACGGCGUGAGCAUUGGCGUCGAGCACCCAGUGACCCCGUGGAUGGUCGAGUUCGCAGCCAUGUCCAUCAACCUGGGCAGGCGGGGCGCUGACGGCCGCGCGGCUUGGGAACUUCGGCACGGCCGCCCCUUCAACAAGGACCUGGCUUGCUUCUCGGAGAAGGUCCUGUAUCUCCCAGGGGGCAAGCGCAAGGCUGGGAUCGAGGACAAGUUCCUCGCUGGGCUCUACCUGGGGCCCACGCGUCGGACGGGCGAGGUCUACGUUGGCACGGAGUUGGGCGCGCUGCGGGCCAGGACCUUCAAGCGGUUGACGGUCGAGCAGCGUGCCGACAAGGACCUGCUGAACAGCCUCGUGGGGAAGCCGUGGGCGCCGGUGCCGACGGACGUGGAGGUGGACGAGGUACCGGUGGCCAUCGAGAUCCGAGCGCCGGUGCCAGCGCCGGUCGCGCCUUUGGGCGGACCUCUGGCGCCCAUCCCCGAGGCUGGGGACCUCCCGCCCCGGGCUCUCCGAGUCGGGCGACCACCAGCAGGACCGCGGGCCGUCUACAUCAGGAAGGACGUCGAGAUCGCGAAGUACGGGCUCUCCCCGGGCUGCUACGGCUGCGCCGCGAUCCACAACGGCGCCCGGGCGCAGGCUCACUCAGCCGAGUGCCGCGCUCGGAUCGAGCAGGCGAUGCAGGACGACGAGGAGGCAAAGCAGAGGCUCGAGGAUGCCCGCGAGCGGAAGCGGCAUCGCACUGACGUCGCCGGGCCUGUCUAUCAAGAGGGCGGUUCGUCAGGCAGUGGCGGUCCAGCCCCAGCUCAGCAGGUGCCGCCGGCACCCGAGGCCGCGGCGGCGGCUGACGUGGCGAUGGCUCCGGCACCACACGACCCCGGCGACGACAACAUGCAGGAGGAGAUCGGUGCCCUCCUGCUCUCUCUCGGCUACAGCGGGCGCAAGGCCGACGUGAUGGAGCAGCAGCGACAGUGCCGGGAGCUGAUCGAGCACUUCGAGGUGUACUUCCUCUUGGGCAGUCCUCGCUGCGCGCCGUUCUCCAUGCUGAAGUACCCCAAUGAGGACACGGAGAAGCAGCGUGAGGCCUCCGCCAUCGGGUACGAGCACUUGAGGUUCGUGAUGGAGCUCUACACGCUGCAGGUGAAGCACGACCGCACGUUCUUGCACGAGCACCCCUGGAGCGCGGACAGCUGGGACCUUGACAUCGUGAAGGAUGUGAUGGCUCUCCCGGGUGUCGAGGUCGGGCGAGGCGACCAGUGCGUGUUCGGCCUGGUGGUUGCGGACGCGCACGGCGACAGGCUCGCCAAGAAGCCGACAGGGUGGAUGAGUAAUAACAAGGAGGUGUUGGAUGAGGUCUGCAAGCGCUGCCCCAAUGAUACUGGCAUUGGCAGCCGCCACGAGCAUUCCACCUUCGUCGGCCGCAACAUGCGUGUGGCGGAGAGGUGCCCGGCCAAGCUCCUCCGCGCCAUCCUCCGUGGCCUCCGCCGUCACCUUAGCAACAAGAAGGUGCUCGCGCUUUCGGCCCAGGAUGCUGGACCGAACGUGGACGACGAGGAGAUCAGCCUGAAGGACUUCGUCGGGAAGUGGCGCGACACGCUGAGGACCGAGUUCUACGACGACCUCACCGGCCUCCCGCUGGACCCCACGCGGGUGAAGGCCGCGAGGCGCCUGGAGAUGGACUUCAUGGCGCAGCUUGGUGUGUGGGUCUACGCGAGGGAGGAGGACUGUCAGCGCGAGCUUGGACGGAGGCCUCUCAGCGUGCGCUGGGUUGAUAUCGACAAGGGCGACACCGACCGGCCGGAUUACAGAUCCAGGCUCGUCGCGCAGGAGACCAAUGCGCAGAGCACCAUCGCCAGGGACGACAUCGGCGCGGUGUUUGCGGCGACCCCGCCGCUAGAGUGCCUUCGGCUCAUCUGCAGCAUGGCGAUGUCGAGCGACCCGUCCGAGGGCCGCGUGCUGCGCUUCCUGGGCAUCUCGCGGGCACGCCUGCACUGUGAUAUCAAGAGGACGGUCUACAUCAAGCUUCCAGAGGAGGAUCCGAUGUCGCAGGAGAUCGGUACGUGUGGGCUCUUGCGGAUGGCGCUCUACGGGGCGCGCGACGCUGGCCAGAACUUCGAGCUCACGACUGCCGAGACGGUCAUCGGUGCUGGCUGCGACCAGUCGGCCUUCUCGCCUUACGUGUACUGCCACAAGGACUUCCAGGUGAGCUUCUUCCACCACGGCGGCGACUUCGUGCUCGAGGGCUCUCGGGGCGGGACGGAGUCGAUCUGCGAGGCCCUGAAGACGAAGUUCAUCGUGAAGGACAGGGGCGUGCUCGGGCCGGCGCCUACCGACGCAAAGGAGAUCACGUGCCUCAACAGGGCAAUGCGCUGGCGAGGCCGAUGGUGCCCAGGGGGCGAGGCCAUCGAGUACGAGGCGGAUCCCAGGCACGCGCAGAUCUUGCACGCGCAGCUUGGAAUGGACCCCCGCACCACGAAGUCAUUGAGCACGCCAGGGCUGAGCCAGAAGCCUACACCUGAGGUCGAGCGCGAGCUGAACGAGCACGAGGCGGCAGAGUACCGCAGUGCGUGCAUGAGGCUGGGCUACUUGGCGCUCGAUCGGCCAGAGGUGCAGUUCGCGGCCAAGGAGUGCGCUCGCGGCAUGCAGAGGCCGACAGAGCGACACCUCCGCCUUCUGAAGCGCGCUGGACGCUUCUUGAUCGGGGCGCCGCGGGCCAUCUGGAAGUGGGGCCGACAGCGGGCACCCACAGUGAUGGACAUCUAUUCGGACACCGAUUGGGCAGGCUGCCCGAUCACGCGGAGGAGCACCAGUUCGGUCGUGAUCAAACAUGGGCAGCACCUGAUCGUUACGGCAUCGACGACUCAGAUCCCCAUCUCCAUGAGUUCGGGGGAGGCUGAGUUCUACGGCUGUGUGCGGGCGGCCAGCAGGGCCAUCGGCAUGCAGUCACUGUGCCAGGGCCUAGGCAGGGACGCGAGCCUUCGCAUCUGGAGCGACUCGGCAGCUGCUCUUGGCAUCAUGCAACGACGAGGCUGCGGCAAAGUCCGACACCUCGAGACGCCGACGCUGUGGGUGCAGAAGGCACUCAAGGACGGACGGUUUCAACUGGCCAAGGUCCCCGGGAAGUCGAACCCGGCGGACCUGGGGACGAAGUUCCUCGACCAGGCGGCGAUGCUCCGAGGGCUGGAGAUGAUGAGUGUCAAGCUCUCGGACGCGCCCCUCUCGAGUGCCCUUCAGGCGAAG